AUGAUUGUUUUUGUUUUGUGUGCAACAUAUAUAAUAAUCGUUGAAAAUAAACAUUUGAUGAAAUCGAAAAAGUUGAUAAAAUGUACAAAAUGUCCACCCGGUUGGGGAGUAUUGAAAAAAUGUGCAAAUGAAACUGAUACAAUAUGCGAAAAAUUCCCUGCUGGAAUUGUUCACAAUGUGGAAUUGGAUUAUACGAAGCCAAAAAAUGUUCAUCUUAUAAGGAUACAGUUUGCGAUGAAUGCACAGCCUAUAUAG